ACGCGAGAAUCGUCUGACUGACACUGGCAUAUCCGGCUGAGUUAGUGUUUUGUUCGAGGCGUCUCGCGGAACUGUCAGCAGGUGAAUACCAUCAAUCCCUGAUGACAUUUUCCUAUGAGCUGAUGCGAUGCUGAUGAUUUCAUCUGGGGUUGUUCCAUCAAUGUAGAUUGAAGAGGAACAUGGGCCAUGUACUGUACCAUCAUGACAAAUUGCACGCUAACAUAGUGCUCCAGAAUGUGGCCCUAUUUCAACAUUCAAAGGAGUUAUGUGACAUCACACUCAUUGUAGAGAAUGAGGAGAUAAGAGCUCAUAAAAUUGUUUUAGCAGCUUCAUCUCUAUAUUUUAGGACUAUGUUUUGUGGAAGUUUAAUGGAAAGCCACCAAGAAAAGAUAGUUCUCCAUGACAUUGAACUACCUACCUUUAAGGAAAUCAUACAUUUUAUGUACACAGGUCAAAUAAAGAUUUCUGAGGAAAAUAUUUAUUCUGUGAUCAGUAUGGCAGAUUUCCUACAGAUUCCAGCUUUAAGCCACCCCUGCUGCCAGUAUCUACAGACAAGUCUCUGUGUAGACAACUGCCUAUCAGUGUACCAGACUGCUAUAGAUAGUGGUUACAAUGAUCUUGCCCAUGAAGCUUUGCGCUGCAUACUUCGUAAUUUCUCAUCGGUCUGUGAACAGCCUGAAUUCUUGGAUGUAACUAUUGAACUGUUGUCAGAUAUUCUUUAUUCAGAUUACAUAAACAUUGAUGAUGAAAGUAGGCUACUUGAGAUAUUUAUUCGUUGGAUAAAAGUUGAUCUAGAGAAGCGUGCACAACACAUUCCUUUGAUUCCAAAAAUGAUUUGUUUGGAUGCAGUACCAAUGGAAAAGCUUAUCUCAGUAAAAAUUGAUUCAGUUAUGUUCAAGACUGAGCUUCGUUCUAUAAUGGAUAAAUGUAUUGAUAAAAUUUUGACUGUAAGAUAUGAUGAUCCAGAACAAAACGACCUUAUACUGAAUGAAAAGAGACCCUGCAAAUUUUUUCGAUACCAUGCUGAGCAACAGGUGAUGUUAGUCAUAGGUGGAAAAAUGGAUGAUACAACCACUCAUGCAAGUAUAGAAUGUUUUACUCCUGGAUUCAGUCAAUGGAGUUAUCAUCUUCCUGGUCACAAAAUAUGCAUAAAGAGUAUGCACCAUGCACGAUCUUCAUUUGCUACAGCUGCCAAAGAGUAUGAUGUGUAUGUCAUUGGAGGCAAAGGUGAGUCUGGUCUACUGGACACAUUUGAACAUUAUCAUGUGAAAUGCAACACAUGGAAUUUGUUACAAAAUAUUCCUAAAGCAGUAGAGGGUGCAGCUGCUGUUAUAGCAAAUGGAAAACUUAUUGUAACAGGAGGUCGAUCAACGACUUGUUAUGAAUCUUCUACAUGGGUCUUUGACAAUACUGUGAAUAAAUGGCAGCAACUUGAAUCAAUGAAAAUUCGCCGUGGCUUUCACUCCUGUGUUUGUGUAGGGGGCAUGGUAUAUGCUUUAGGAGGCAUUGGUGGAGAUUCCCCAACCGCAGAAGGAUGUAUAUCAAAAGUUGAGAGACUUGACAUUUCACAAACUGCAUGGUACUUUGUGGCUCCCAUGGUGCAGGCACGUGCUCACUUUGGUUGUGUGGCAAGUGGUCAGUCCAUUUAUGUUGCUGGAGGCACUUCUGAUGAGAUAUACCUCAGAAGCAUUGAAAGGUAUGACACAUCAACAGACACAUGGUGUGUCCUGAAGCCAAUGCAAAUACCCCGAGCGUAUUUUGGAAUAACAGUUUUCCACAAUAGAAUUUAUUGUGUGGGUGGCAGUGAUAGUGUGCAUGAACUCAAUACAGUAGAGAAAUAUAAUCCAAGCACUGACAUGUGGCACUGUGUUAUUUCCAUGAAUGUCAAACGUGUGUCACCAUCUGCUGUAACAGUAUAUAUUCCAACAUUUCCUGGUGAGCUGCCUUCAAAGUGUCUUUCCCACCCUCACCUUAAAUAAAAAAGAAAAACUAUUUAAUUUCUGGUGAACAAUACAUAUUAUUAGCUGCUUCAUUCUACUAUAGUUUGUGUUGCCAAUGAGUGUGAUUCUUCAGUUAUUUUGAGAUAUUAUUUACAAAAACUUAACUGUUACAAGUGAUUAGCUUUAAGUUCUAUUUUUUUUUAAAAAACUCAAGAUGACAAAAAAUAUUGCAGAAUUCAAGUAGCUGUAUGCCACAUGUAACUUUGUCAGUAAUCAGUUGUUGCUAAUGACUACUUACAUUAACUUCUUCAAGCACAUUGCUGUCAUUCUACUGAUUAUCAUACGCAUGUUCCAUGUAAGUUAUUCCAGUGUAAAUUUUGGAAAA